AUGGCCACUUUCGGACACUUGCCAGAAGAAAUCAUUCUUUCCAUCCUCGACUAUACGUGGGAGGCCUGGAAGGAACUGGAGCAGAAUCAUGCUCGUCUUGAGAGCCCACAGCGUAGCUUUCAAAGUAGCCUCCUGCCUGUUAACAUCACUGAGUAUCUACUGAACGAAACUCAACAGCAGCACGACGAUGAGCGCUUGGCGUUAACGCGCAAGUAUCAAGAUACCCUGUGCACAGUGGCUGCAAUGAAGCUUUAUAGCGGAAAUCAGGAGCCAUUCUUCGACGACUUUUUCGAGGUCGAAAUCAAGUCAGACCAUAAAAGCUCUAAAAGAACAGCCAUGGAUAUCUGCAGCGCUGCGGGAAUAGUAGCUAUAUCCGAGGACGACACUGCCCUAUUGACUCGCGUGUUGAAGAAGGGGCCAUUUAGUGUUGAUACUGUUCAUAAAUUCUUUGGCAACCCAAUUCUAGUCGCUGCACAGAAGGGGAGCCUCGAAAGCAUGAAAAUUCUUCUUAAACAGCCUAGAAGGAAAUUUCUCAUGGAUAGCGCGGGGCUAAAUGCCUUGCAUAUUGCCUCCAGAGCGGGUGAUGUGCCAAUGGUCAAAUUGUUGAUGGAGCACCCUGAUGAAAAUCCGUAUCAUGAUAGACAUAACGGGUUGCAUUUGGCUCUUGCGGCGGAGAAGGGCCAUGAAACUGUCGUAGGUAUCCUGCUUCACAGCCUGGAUCCUCGGCCCUCCCUCGAAGAUGUCGAUGGGGCCAUUACGGAUGCCGCAGGCUCUGGACGUGAAGGAGUCGUAAGGUAUCUCUGGGAGUACAGUAGUAUACCUUCUAACGCUGAGAGAAUACGUGGUGGUAUCUCACAAUUGAGGUUAGAUGACAAGGACAAUGUGAACACUGCUGAUGGGGUGGAUGGGGUGGAUGGGGUAGAUGGAGAGAAUGGCGACGAUAGUGAUGAAGUAUAUCUAUGGCUUUCAAACUCAGAAGACGACGGUUCCAGAACAAGAUUUGAAGUCGAUGAGAUGUUUGGUGCGAGUGUAGAGCUCGAUAUAGCAUUGACGGCAGCAAAAAAUGACCAUGACAAUAUUGUCAGGCUUGUCCUUGAUUCUGGCGUGAUAAUGGCCAGAAACGAGUGCAGAGUGGUUCGGAUAUGUUUCCAAGCAGCCCUGCAAUAUGAUGGCGUAAAGGUUGCGAAGCUGCUUGUCGAGCGCUUCCCAGCCCUGACCAAGGAUAAAUUUGGCAUGUAUGCUACGACGCCGUUAGCUUUGGCUGCGGCUUGUACAGCCACAAAAGUCAUGAAAUUCCUCCUUGAACGAGGCGGUAUUGACGUUAAUGGCCGUGACGAAACCUGUGCUACCGCAAUAUGCUAUGCAAUGAGACCCCCGAUGGAAAUGGUCUAUAAGGUGACGGAUCCAUUCGAAGCACUAAGGCUCCUAGUUGCCGAGGACGAGGUUGAUGUUAACUGUGCAGACAAACUCGGCGACAAUGCACUGAUUGGAACAGCUAUAGUUGGAGACCCGCUUAUGGUGGAUCUGCUGAUGAGCCGUAAGGAGCUUGAUGUUAAUGCUAGCAAUUGCUUCGGCGAAACUGCGCUCUCACGGGCGGUUGUGCGAGGAAACACUAGCGUUAUCAAACUCCUACUGGCUCGGAGUGACAUUAAGGCAGAUGAACGAAACAAACUUGGCCAAACUCCUUUUCUUAUGACGGCCAUAACAGGCCGUGUUGACAUUAUGGAGCAGUUCAUCAACCGCCCCGAUGUCAACAUCGAGGCAAAGGAUCCCAAGGGACGAACUGCGCUCUGGUUAGCCGCUGAGCGAGGGAAUAUCCACGCCGUCAUAUACCUGAUCCAUCACAGCGCCAAAAUCAACGUGGAUCUCAACAAACAAGAUGACGAGGGUAUAUCUCCAUUGGAGGUGGCAGAGCAAGAAGAUUCCGCAAGACAUCAAGAGACGGUGCUAGCUCUGACCGAGAAGAGUCCAGCAACGAAAACCACCGAGCCUCCAUUCUAUAGUGAAGACAUCCCGCCGACCUUCCUACUACCGGAUGAGUGCUGUAUGAGUUGCGUGCUCAUCCACCCAAAGGCUCACAGGGUCUAUAGCGGGCAUCUUCCUGGCUUUUCAUACCCGUCCUCUGAUGACAUCGAUUUCGGUGAUGAUGGCAUGCCCUGCACAGACGAAGAGGGCAACGUCGGCGACAUUUCUGACUUCUCCGUCUCCGACCUCUCUUCCUCUGACUUCGAAGAUGGCUGUAGUUAUUACCCGCUUGGCUUUUGGAUACCCAAGAUUGAUACCUUGCACGUCAUGCAGCUCAUGUUUCCAAUAAUUUAUCCCAAGUCGAGUACUCCGUACCUGGAGGCCUGCAACUAG